GAGUAAUUAUAUUCAAGACUUCUUUCUGAAUCGGUCCGUCAUUAUGAGUUUUAAAAACAAUUCUUUGCAUAACGAAACGCUGUUUUAUUUACAUUUUUAAUACAGGAAUAAGCAAAAUUUUCGUAAAAACACAAAAUGGCUUCGGGAAUAACGAAAAAUCAAGUGCUAGCGCUUUAUAAGUCGCUGAUGAAAGAAUCUCACAAGUUUUCAAACUAUAAUUUUAGGGCUUACGCUUUAAGAAGAGUACGAGACGCCUUUAAAGAAAACAAAUCAUUAAUGGAUAGUAAAACUAUUAAAAAAGAAUUUCUUCAUGGAAAAGAAAACUUGGAAAUACUAAAACGUCAGGUGAUAAUCGGUGACAUGUACAAGGCAGAGAAGUUAGUGAUUGAACAAUCACAGUAGAAACAAAUUAACAUAGCUUGAAUGAACUUAAACACAUUAUAUAUAAGAUGUGCGUAAAAAUCACCCUUAGUAUGUUACAAUUGUAAUGAUUUUGUUUGACUGCCUCAUAUGUUUGUUGUUUUCUUUGCGUUUCAAGAUGUAUAGCAUAAUUGUUAUUACUUUGCAUUUGUAAAUAUAUGUAGUAACAUAUAGUAUUAUAAAUAAAGUUAUUCAAAACCA